CCUAGGUACCUACCUAGGUAGGUAGGCAGAUAGGUUAGGUACCUGAGGUCUUUACGUGCCUGAGCACCUACACGGCUGCAGGGCACCCUACCACCCUACGGAGCACCAACGACAUACCUCUCAUAGGUACCUAGCCUGCUAACCUGACCUGCCUACAGGACCCCCAGGCAGUGCUCGGGAGGUACCACAGGUACAUGCGUGAUACCGUAGUACGUGUAAGGCAUGUACCGUACGUUACCCAACAACGCGUUGUGACGGGCAUGCACAUACAAUACACAGACAGACACACGCACCAGAGAGAGAGAGAGAGACCCAGAGAGCAAAGGAAACUGGAGCAGAACCAGCACCUCUCCGACCUCCAUCUUCUUCCCCUACCCUUUUUCUUCUUCUUUUCUUUUUUUUUCUUCCUCUUAACGCCUUAUUACCUCCUCAGGUCCGCACGGUCCAAUCUGCCUAUCUCUCAGUCUGCCAAAUCAACCACCCACCUCCAAUCUUCCCAACUUCUCAACGCCGGCCUCAAAUCAAUCCCACCUAUCUUCCGCCUCCCUCUCCUAGCCAAUACUCGCAACCAAACCACGUCAAUUCCGCUCCCUCCCAGCUCUCCUCCCUAUCCUUCAACAACAACAGUAUCGCAGUUAUCCAGCCAGCGACUGAACAGCACCGGCCGGUGCCUCCUCCCCCUCCCCUGCGAACAACACGGCCUCUAUUUCCCUACUAGGCCUGCCAUUGUUCACCGGGUUAGUAUCUUACUGCUUGCGCCUUCAGAGUAUGCCCUAGGAAGGCUGCACACCCCGAGGGGCUUUGAACGAGCACCGGGCAGUCUGUAUAUGGCUUCAGAUCCCUCAUCUGGCCUCUGAUCUCAUCCACCCUGGGCUUCCUCCCUCCCUUCCCCUCUCCCGUCCCCUCCUCUGGCUUGCAACAAACCCUAUCCGCGCCCGCCCCCG